AUGGCGCAAAAGAAUGUGGUUGUGGUUGGUGCCGGAGUGGCUGGAUUGACUACGGCGCUUCUUCUGUCGAGAAAGCCUGGCUAUAACAUUGUGGUAGCUGCGAAGCACAUGCCAGGCGACUACGAUAUCGAAUAUGCUUCACCCUGGGCUGGAGCGAAUUACAUGCCAGUUUCGAUUCGCGGUACCGACGCUGCAGAAUGGGAUAGGGCAACUUGGGGGCCACUGGAGGAUCUGGCACAGAACCACCCUGAUGCUGGGGUGCAUUUCCAAGAAUGCGAGAUCUACAGCCGCAGCAAAGAUCUAGGCACAGCAACUGCCACCUGGUUUGCAGAACUGCUUUCUCCUAAUCCGUGGUUCAAGGACGUGGUCCCCAAUUUCCGAGUACUCCCGAGAAAAGCCCUUCCUCCCGGAGUCGACAGUGGGACGGUGUUCACAUCGGUGUGCAUCAACACAGCGAUAUACUUGCCCUGGCUGGUCUCGCAAUGCCUCAAGAACGGAGUGAUCUUCAAACGAGCAGUCUUCAAACACAUUUCACAUGCAGCUUCGCAAGGAGUUCACCCAUCGAAGAAAGUUGACCUCGUGAUCAACUGUACUGGCCUGAUGGCGUGCAAGUUAGGGGGCGUCGAGGAUAAAUCCGUGGUGCCCGCUCGGGGACAGAUCGUCGUCGUACGCAAUGACGCCGGGAAAAUGAUCGAUAUUUCCGGCACAGACGAUGGAGAGGAUGAAGCUGGGUACAUGAUGACUCGUGCAGCAGGGGGAGGAACCAUACUUGGUGGAUGCUAUCAAAAGGGCAACUGGGAUUCUCAAGUCGACCCAAAUCUUGCUGUGCGAAUCAUGAAGCGAGCGGUCGAAUUGAAUCCUGCCUUGACUGGAGGAAAAGGCAUCGAGCACCUCGAUAUUGUGAGGCAUGGAGUGGGAUUAAGACCUGUAAGAGAGGGAGGCACGAGGAUCGAGAAGGAAAAGAUUGAUGGUACUUGGGUGGUGCAUAACUACGGCGCAGGAGGUGCAGGCUACCAAUCGUCCUACGGAUGUGCCGAGGCGGCGGUCAAGCUGGUUGAAGAGGCAUUGCAGCCUCGACCACGGUUAUAGUGCUGGCUAGGCGAAAUCGAGUGAUCAUGUCUCGACUUGAGACAAUAAGUGAUAGACGUCUGCUGCUAUACAGCUUGGCUCAAGGCGACACAGUCGUGUCAACAGCAGAAACGGAGAGCUUGUGGCCAGACCGUAAA